UCAUUCUGUUGUGCGUAAUCUCCUGCAGCUCCCCUUUCGUCAUUGCGCACAAACCCGCGUGGUCAGCCUACUCCUGAUUCUUAUUUAUAUUACAUCUUGACCAUCACUUUCCUUACAACCCUUCUUUACUUUCAUUCUUGUCGCAAUCAACUUGUGCCUGCCAACACAUUUGCAACUUUACAAUGGAACAGCCGCUACCACAGCCGCCUCCCACUGAGACUUCACAGUUUUAUAGCUCUACCACAGGACCUAAACGUGUCGGCUCACUACUUCUUCAGUCAGUGGCAGUUACAGUCCCAACGUUCUCCAAGGAGCUGGAUCUGGGCUCUAUCGCUAACCCGCAAAAGCACAGCACCAUCAAGCAAUAUCUUUUUGCAUCUUUAUUAUUCAAGCCUUUGCUCGCACUAUUACUGGACUGUUUUUCUUUGGUCUUCUUAUCUGGAUGGGUAAAGGCUUCAAUUGGGAAAGGAAAUAGCUCAGGUUUGGUGAUCUAUGCUUUAGCGACGACAGGAUCUAUAGCAAUCAUGCUCUUUGGCGGAUGGAGAGCUAGCCAGGUACUCAAGAAAGGGCAUAUUCAAGCUAUUUUCGUGAGCAGAGAAGCCUAUCGAUGGGUUUGCUUGACCAACCAUGAGAGAUUCAUGUUUUUUGAAAGAAUUGGACAAGGAUAUGGACUAUUGGAUGCCGUCGUUUUUUUUGCAUGGUUCACAUUGCGAGACUGGAUGCAGCAUCUUCUAUGCGACCUCCCUCGCCUUGUUAUCAAUUGUACUAUUCUUGUCCAGGUCGGAUACCAACAAUCACUGAAAGACCGAGGCGAGACGCCGACAUUGAAUCUUCCAGAAUUGAGCGGCAUCACACAUUUCGCCUUGGCUUUGAAUAUCAUGCUUCAGGUCUGCAAUCUUGUUCAGUUCCUGGGAGCGCUUGUUAUCCUAGUUUUGGUCCGCAUGGGGAAAUUGGUCUCAUUACGCAAGGAUGAGCAUUUACAUACGUAUUGCCAGCGGAAUCUGAACGUCAGGAUUGUGAGGUUAUAUAAAUUAGCUAAAUCUCCUGGUACGACAGCACCCUUGCGUGACCAUAAUGUAUUGGAGCAACAGCAGCAUCAAAAUAACCAGGAGAAUGGAAUUGAUUUAUCAGCAAUUGCUUGGGAUACAGAAACCCAGGAUGAGGGUAUUGAUUAUAACCAUUACGCGUAUCGACCUCGUCCCCGGCCUAUCUCAAACAGGCCCUCGGCACGGCCAUCUCAGUCAUCAAGGGACGUACAAAAUGAUGACAUUGGCGGAGAAGAACGGAUAGAGAUGACCGAGCAGCGACGGGACUCACAACCAUCAUUACCAGCAAUAAUGCCUACACCAGGAUCAUUCUCUUAUGCACAGAUGCAGCAUUUACAAUUGCAACGACAAAAGUAUGGCGACAAUCGAGAGCUUUAUGAGGCCAUGGAGUGGAAGCCGCCGGCGGCUUCUGAUGACCAGAGAGGUCGGGGACAGGGCCCGGGACAAUGGCAGACUGCACAGCAACAACAACAGCAAGUUUAUCAACAUCAUGUAGCGCCCUCUCCAGAAGGCAGCAGCAUUGGCGCACGAUGGACACCUCUACCCGUUCCUCCAAAGGAUGUUUAGAC